AGACUCAUUCUCUUUCUCUCACUUUUCUUUUUUUUUUUUUUCUAAUUCAAGAAACCAUUUUAUUUUCCUCUGUUCUUCUUUACAAUUUCUCCUCAAGAAAAUAUUCUCUUCAAGAUCAAGAAGAAUGUACAACGAAUGCAGCUCUCCCUCGACCGCAAGAUCAACGAUGACGAGAGGAACUAACCACAGGAUGAGAUCUCCCAUCUGUUGUUUAGGAGCAAACGCUGUGGUUGAGCCAGAGGCGAUGAUGAUCGGAGGAGGAGGAGGACCAAGAACUCCAAGAUCUCCUUACGAAUGGCUCAAAUCCACCGCGCAGGAGCUAGAGCUAAGAGAUCGGUGCCGCCGCGUGAAGUCACGUAUCAAGGUUACGUGCCGUAACAACCAUUGUGGUUAUAAUUGUCAUCAUCAUCAUCAUCAGAGACAUCAUAGCCAGAGUUAUCCUGGAGAUUUUAGUUAUGAUCCGUUGAGUUACGCGCUCAAUUUCGAGGACGAUGUGAGAGCUUCUGAUGACGACGGUUCUUUUCCGAAUUUCACGGCGAGGUUGCCUCAGUCUCCGGUGACUAAGACGAGAUCCGCCACGGUUGAUUUGAUCUCGUUUUGACGGUUCUGUUAAUUCAAAAAAAAAUUCUAAACAAAUCUAUUUUUCGUUUUUUUUUUUUUUUUUAAUAUGUGUGUGUGACGGUGGAAUGUAACUGUUCGCCGGUGAAAUGACGUACGAACAUGACGUCAUGUAUAUGUAAAUGCUCUCUCUCUCGAUCUCUCAUUCGCCAUAUUGAUUUGAUAUACAUGUAUGUAAAAUUGAUGUGUGCAAAUAAAAAGAAUCAUUUUCUGUAUA